UGCGAGAGCACUACAUGACAGGAUACAAGCCCCUGUCAGCAAACGUCUCCAAGACGCCUGGAAAAUAUCUUACAUCGCGUUCCAUUUUAGACAUUAAUGUCUAGCAGUAGAACUGAAAUUAAUUGGUAGUGCUCAUAUGGUCACAUCCGGUCAGCGUGCACCUUCGUUCCGGGUUGAGAAUCGGACUGUGCACGCAUGGGAAACUAAAAGUUAUCAGGUUCAUUCAGCAAAAUAACUUCUUAAAUACAUGAAUUUCACACACCUCACACUUCGAUGCUGCCUCUCUACUUAUCCACUAUUUAGAGUGAACCCUGCCAGACUGAUUUCAUCCACACAAAUGACCAUGGCAUCCCCCAGGCAUAAACAUGCAAAGAGAAUAGAGGGACUAGACAAGAAUGUAUGGGUUGCCUUUACAUCCGUGGCAGCGGACCCAACCAUCGUCAACCUUGGACAGGGCUUUCCUGAUAUUCCACCUCCCUCGUAUGUCAAAGAAGGGCUUGCCCAGGCAGCAUCGGUCGACAGACUGAACCAGUAUACACGAGGCUUUGGUCAUCCAUCUUUGGUCAAGGCCCUAUCACAAGUGUAUGGGAAAGUGUAUGAUCGGCCGAUUGAUCCCUUCAAAGACAUCCUAGUCACAGUCGGGGGUUAUGGAUCCUUAUUCAGUUGUAUGCAGGCUCUGGUGGAGGAAGGGGACGAGGUUAUCAUUAUUGAGCCUUUUUUCGACUGCUAUGUUCCAAUGGUACGGAUGGCCGGAGGCAAGCCAGUGUUGAUCCCACUCAGACUGAAGUCAGGCAAGAAAGCCAACAUCACCAGCGGAGACUGGGUUCUGGAUCAGGAUGAACUUGCCAGCAAAUUCACCUCAAAGACAAAGGCUAUCAUCAUCAACACUCCAAACAAUCCCAUAGGAAAGAUUUUCACUCGAGAUGAGCUCCAGGCCAUUGCAGACCUUUGCAUCAAACAUGACACGCUGUGCUUCAGCGACGAGGUGUACGAGUGGCUCAUCUACAAAGGCCAUGAGCAUAUCAAAAUAGCCACUCUGCCAGGUAUGUGGGACCGGACGGUGACCAUCAGCAGUGCAGGAAAGACCUUCAGUGUGACUGGCUGGAAGCUUGGCUGGUCCAUUGGCCCAGAGCACCUGAUCAAGCACCUGCAAACUGUCAUGCAGAACACCCUAUACACCUGUCCUACUCCGCUACAGGAGGCAGUGGCUCAGGGCCUGAUGAUGGACUACCAGCGCAUGGGCCAGCCCGACUGCUACUUCUCCUCGCUGGCCGACGAGCUGGAGGGGAAGAGGGACCGCCUGGCCGGCAUCCUGCGCUCCGUCGGCAUGGAGCCCGUGGUGCCGGAAGGGGGCUACUUCAUGAUCGUGGACGUGACGGCACUCAAUAAGGACCUGUCGCACAUGGGGGACGACGAGGCGUAUGACUACAAGUUCAUCAAGUGGAUGAUCAAAGAGAAGAAACUGGCGGCCAUUCCAGUAACUGCUUUCUGUGGCGAUGACUCAAAGAGGCAGUUUGAGAAAUAUAUACGGCUGUGUUUCAUCAAGCAAGACAGCACAUUGGAUGCAGCUGAGACUAUCCUGAGGAACUGGGACAAGUAGAUGUUCUGCUGGACUGGACCAGAACGUACGAUGCUCUGCGUUCACACUACAUGUUGAAGUGAUCUGAAUCAGAUUUUAGAAAGUUGUAGAUUUUAGAAAGUAAUACAUGAUUUCAUCAGAUUGAGGCCACUUUUUGGAAUGUGGACUGGAGCAUUAAGGCCUAACUAACGAAAGCAUUACAGCCAGGCUACACCAGGCUCACAACUGAAGGGUUCUGUUAGUGGAGAGUAAAAAUGGAAUUUUUAGAUUACCGGUCUAAUUUCUUUCAAAAGUGUGAGUCGUAAUCACGUCUUGGUAGCCAGUUUCGUUAAUUAUAGCGGAAGUUAAUUGUUGCAGUAUACACUCUGCGAAUGGAACACUUCAGUUGCAUGUCCUUUGUAGCCCUGUCAGUUUGUAAUUAAAAAGACCAUUUAACUUUGACACACACAAAAGAGUACAGCACUGAUGACAUUCAUAGUGUCAACCAGAUAAACUUGAAUCAAGGCGUUAAACACACAAAUAUGUAGUUUUUAUUAUUCCCUCUUGUUUUAUUAAUGAAGAUGUUAUUCAAUAUUUUCUGUUGAUGUUAGAUUUAAAAAAAAAAAAACUAAACUGGCUCUGUUUCAUUUGCAUAAACACCAAUGUUUUUAGACUUGAUUUAGCAACAUUGUUACUGGUUUUGCUGAAGAUGCAAUUAUGUCAUAUAUAUCAUUUAGAAUGGUUAAUUUCAUUUAGAAAAUCUUGAAGCUUUGAAUACACUACAACAUCUUUCAGCAUUAAACACAUGCUAGCUUGGUAUUUUA